CAAUGGAGGAUAAUCAAUGGUGUCUCUAUGACCAUGACCCACUUCUUCUCACAGACGUUUCUUUGCAACAACAAAACUCUUUUAAUACUCACUGCUCCACCAAUUCUCUUUCACGAACAUCACUGAGCUUUCGGAGUUCGGCUAUGGCGGAUGAGCCUCAAUCUCGUGGUGGAAGCCCCAGUUAUGGGUUUUCUCGGGAAAAUGGGAGCUUUGAAGGGAAAAGCGUGCAAUUCGAUGACCCAGUUGUGAAAAAUAUUUUUGAUGGAAGAUCAAUUUUGGGGUAUUCUCUUACAUCCCCAGAUUUGGUCAUUUGUGCUGGCUCACCAGAUAUUGCUGGAAUCAGUUAUAGUGAUUCUCCUGAGGUUUUGAAGAACAAGUAUUGCAAGAAUUUGGAAUCAUCUAUGGAGCUUUCUCUAGAGAAUGGAAUCAAUGGUUCUCAAGUUGAAGUUGACAAUGGCCAUAAGAUCCCAACUGUUAAAUUCUCUGAUUUUUUUCAAACUUUUGAACAAAAAGAAGAGCUAUUAUCUCCUGAAGCCUCCUUUGAGCUUUUUCCACCCCUUGUAACCAGGGGUGAGUCUCCCCUAGAUUACCCUCCAAGAGAUAAUGAAAUGCAAGAUGAUAUUGGAGUGUCUCAGGAGGCAGAAUUGGAGUCCUCAGAAGAUGAUGAGGAUGUUGGGGUGGAGAAGUUUAAGAGGCUGAAAAGAGAUUUUGAGUGUAAGAGUAAAGACCUGGCAGAAACAAGGAGGGAGUUGGGGGAGAUCAAGAGGGAGAAUCAACAGAAGAGUAGAGACUGCCAGGAAGCUUGGAACUCCUUAAAAGAGCUUCAGAAUGAGCUAAUGCGCAAGUCCAUGCAUGUCGGCUCUUUGGCAUUUGCUAUUGAGGGGCAAGUGAAAGAGAAAAGUAAGUGGUUUUCAUCACUGAGAGACUUGACAAGGAAAGUGAAGAUUAUGAAAAUGGAACACAUCAACCUAUUGGAGGAAGCACAGGCAUACCAGAAAUAUCAAGCGGAUGUGAGAGAAAUGGGUUUUAUUAUCAAGUCGAAAAUAAAUGAACAACUGGAGUCACAUGAAGAUCUCAAGUCCAAAUAUAUUGAAGGAGCUAAGGAACGGAAAGAGCUUUACAAUAAGGUUUUGGAGUUGAGAGGAAACAUAAGGGUCUUUUGCCGGUGUAGGCCUCUCAAUGCCGAAGAGAUAGCAGUAGGAGCAACGGUGGCCUUAGAUUUUGAAUCUGCUAAAGAUGGUGAGCUUACUGUAAUGUCAAAUGGAGCUCCUAAAAAGACUUUUAAGUUUGAUGCUAUCUUUGCUCCCCAAGCUGAACAAGCUGAAAUUUUUGAAGACACAGCACCAUUUGCAACCUCAGUUCUAGAUGGGUACAAUGUAUGCAUUUUUGCAUAUGGACAGACUGGGACAGGAAAAACUUUCACGAUGGAGGGCACGGAAGAGGCUCGUGGGGUUAAUUUCAGGACUCUUGAAAAAAUGUUUGACAUAAUCAAGGAGAGACAGGAGCUGUAUCGUUAUGAUAUCUCUGUAAGUGUCUUAGAAGUGUACAAUGAGCAAAUAAGAGAUUUGCUGGUUCCAGGAAAUCAUCCAGGAACAGCUGCAAAAAGACUGGAAAUUAGGCAAGCUGGUGAAGGAAUGCAUCACAUUCCAGGGCUGGUUGAGGCACAUGUGAACAACAUGACUGAAGUCUGGGAAGUCCUACAAACUGGGAGCAAUGCAAGGGCUGUAAGCUCAACCAAUUCCAAUGAGCAUAGUAGCAGAUCCCACUGCAUUCACUGUGUUAUGGUUAAGGGGGAGAAUUUGAUGAAUGGUGAGUACACCAGAAGCAAGUUAUGGCUGGUGGACCUAGCAGGCAGCGAGCGAGUCGCCAAGACAGAAGUGCAUGGUGAUAGACUGAAGGAGACGCAAAAUAUCAAUAGGUCUCUGUCUGCACUUGGGGAUGUCAUAUCAGCUCUUGCAACAAAAAGUUCACAUAUCCCUUUCAGGAACUCCAAGCUCACACACUUGCUGCAAGAUUCAUUAGGAGGAGAUUCAAAGGCACUCAUGUUUGUACAGAUCAGUCCUAAUGAAAACGAUUUGAGUGAGACAAUUUGCUCUUUGAACUUUGCUAGUAGAGUAAGGGGAAUAGAACUGGGCCCUGCUAAAAAGCAGUUGGACACUAUUGAACUUCUGAGACACAAACAACUGGCUGAGAAAACCAAACAAGAGGUAAAACUGAAGGAUUUUCAAAUCAAGAAGAUGGAGGAAACAAUCCAUGGAUUAGAGUCCAAGAUGAAGGAAAGAGAUAAUAAGAACAAAAACCUGCAAGACAAGGUCAAGGAACUGGAAUCACAACUUCUGAUCGAGAGAAAGCUAGCACGUCAACAUGUAGACUCAAAGAUAGCCGAGCAACACCAAAUGAAACAUCAAGAAGAGCAAAAUAAUGCACUUAUGCGACCAGCACUUGCAAAUAGACCACUUGGAUGUCUCAAGAAUAUUAAUGAUCCAGUGAGUGGUGGAUGGUGCAAAGACCAACAAAUAAAUUCAGCUAGACCACUCACAGAGAACAACAUCUUGAAACCUUAUAUACCCUUUGCCACAAUGGAAAGCUCCAUCAAGUGCAUUGAUUACACUGAGAAAGAAAACAAUCCUGACAUGGCUGACAAAGCAUUACUGCCAAAAAGGACUGGAAGAGCUUCUAUUUGCACGAUGACACCACGUGUUCUUUCAGCCGCUGCAUCAAGGAGAAACUCUCUGAUUCCACUACCAAGUAUACCUAGCUUAACACAGUUCCAAUCACCAUUAUUACCCAAGUUAACAAACCAAGCUGAUCAGAAAGAUAUCAAUGAUGAAUCAGAAACAAACUGUGUGCCUGCACAGACUCAUUGUGAGAGUCCCAAAGAAGUAAGAAGUGGUGCUAAGAAGUUAGGUAGUUUACUAAGAAGAAGCCUGCAUAAGAAAGUACAGGUAAAGUCUCCACUUCAGCAACAUAUGAGAAAGGUUGGUGUAAAUGUAGGAAUGGAGAAAGUUAGAGUUUCCAUUGGAAGUAGAGGGAAAUUGGCACAAAGGGUUGUAGGAAGUGGUAGAAGAGGUGGAGCUAAAGAUAUCCAACAAAAGAAUAGUCAAAAGGAAAAGGAAAGGGGCUGGAUCUGA